AUGGCAUAUUUAUUUGAUAAUGAUUCUAGUUCUUCUAGUGAUCAUGAUAAUUUCGAUUAUGCUUCCGUUGCAAAUCCUUUUAUGCGUAGGAAAAAAGCUAAUGUUGUAAAUGAGGUAAUUUAUGUUGAAGAAGAUGAUUAUGUUGAUAAAGGAAAAAAAAAGGUUAUUUUUGUCGAUGAUGAAGAUGAUUGUCAUGAUAAUGGUGGGAAAAAGGAUGAUAAUACAAGUUUUGGAAGAAGUGAACGGAAAAAUGAUUAUGAUAAUGUUGAUGUUGGGGAAAAAAUACAUGAUUUUACUUUUUCCAAUAUGAAUGAUGUUGUUCCUUGUAGUGGCAUGUUGUUUGAUAAUUUAGAUGAGGUGGAAAGAUUUUAUCGGGAUUACGGGCGUAGGGUUGGAUUCGAGGUUAUCAUUAGAAAUACUCAUAGGCAUUCUAGAAGCAAUGAAGCUUGUUCACGUAUGUAUAUUUGCCGGCUAGGUGGGAGAGUAUGUUCAAGUUCGGCUAAUGUUGAUGAGGAAUUGAAUUUAAAAAGGACUCGUGAUACAAUUGAUCGGACAAAAUGUAAGGCUCGAAUUUCGGUUGUUCAUAGAGUGAAGACGGAUAAAUGGGAAAUAACCACAGUAGAGUUAGAACACAAUCAUCCAAUGGUUACCCCAGACAAAGUACAAUUCAUGCAAAGAUCGCGUAAUAUAGGUCCGGUUGCCCGAUCUUUAAUUGAGACGUUGAACAAAUCGGGAAUAGGACCCUCAAAAGUGUUGAAAGUGAUGGGGGAAGCUCUCGGUGGAUUAGAGAAUGUUGGUUUUACUAAUCAAGACAUACGUAAUGUUUUACGUAACAUUCGACGUCAAGUGUUUGAUGGUGGUGACGCAAUUUCCGGGUUGGCUUUGUUAGAGGAGUUAAAGGGGAAUAAUUUCGGGAAGUUUUUCUAUCGGUUUGAUAUGGAUGGCGAGAAUCGGGUUAAGGCUUUGGUGUGGGUUGACCCUCGAUCGGCAAAUGCAUACAAGAAUUUUGGUGAUGUGGUUACAUUCGACUCAACUUAUCGGACUAAUAGGUAUUGUAUGCCUUUCAUACCUAUCACGGGGGUUAACCAUCACUACCAAAAUAUCUUAUUUGGAUUUGCACUCAUUAGGGAUGAGAAAGAAACAUCUUAUGAAUGGGUUUUGAAAACUUGGUUGGAAGCCGUUGACAACAAACCUCCGAUUACAAUCAUUACCGACCAAGACAUUGCAUUGGGAAAUGCUAUUGCCAAGAUUUUACCAACCACCAAGCAUACAUAUUGUUCUUGGCAUAUAGGUCAAAAGUUCACCGAAAAAUUGUCUUCUUUGUAUACUCAUUAUCCGGAGUUCAAAACGGAAUUCAACGCAUGUGUGUAUAAGUCGUUAUCACCGGAGGAAUUUCAAGAAAGAUGGGAUGAUUUGGUUGAGAAGUACCACCUCAUAACUCAUGAUUGGCUAAAUGAUAUGUACAAUAUUAGAGAGAAAUGGAUUCGGGCUUAUACAAAAGAAUCUUUUGCCGCCGGUAUGACUACUACGGGAAGGAGCGAGUCAAUGAAUUCCUUUUUUGACCAAUAUGUGCAACCAUCAACCGGUUUGAAGGAAUUUAUUGAGAACUCACAAAAGGCUUUGGAGUAUCAAUAUCUUCACGAGGUUGAAGCUGACUACAACACCCAAUACAAGAAAAGGAGACUUAUAUUAAACUCACCAUUGGAGGCUCAUGCAUCGCAAAUAUACACCAAAGAGAUGUUUAGGCGUUUUCAAAUUGAGUUUGUCAAAAGUGCUACAGUUAUGACAUUUAUGCAUUAA